AUGGCUAACAACGAAGCCUCGGUAUCUAUCCCAACCAAUGCUGCUCGAGCAAGGUGGCAGAUCGCAAUCGCCGAACACACAAAAUGCGAAGGUUUCCGUAACAGAAUACGCAGUUUCCUCUUGAAUCUGAACACUAUGAUGCAAUCCUUGCAAACUAACUCCCGGAAUGCAGGCCCUGAUACCGAUCUGGGUGGAAGCAUGGCAGCAUUAAGUCAAGAGAUGUUUAUCAAGACGAGAGAAAUGGACAGAGCUGUCGCAGAGCUCAACGACAUACAUACAGAAUUUGAUGUCAGAAAACCUGUUGUAGAGGCGUAUCUGGGGCUUGGAAGUGGAUCUGCCGCCGGCACCUUGCCGGAAACGGUGGUGGCGUUGCGAUAUCUAGAGAGCUUUGAGAUUGGAAAUGCAAGCUUGAAACAGAUGUGGGAUGGCUUGAUGGCUUGCUCAAGACAAGCACAUAUGUUGUCGCAUGUUAACAGGCGGUAG